AUGUUUUUUUUAUACAAUAAAAUUACAUCUGCAUCAACAAAAGCUCAUGAAGAAAAGAAGGACAACAGCAUAGACACAUGGAGAAAUGAAACUUUUCAGGAAGAUGAAAACAUUACUAAGGAGAAAAGUAAUGAAAGGAAUUACAACGAAGAAGACGAUUUAUUUUUGAUGUUUGAAAAUAAUGAACAAAGUAGAGAGAAUAAUAUAAAAGAGGAAAUAUCUAACCAUGGAGAGAAAAAAAAAAGCAAUAUUUUCUUUGCAGAAGAAAAAAUGAGUGAACAAUGUUUUGUAUCGAAUAUUUGUAAACAGGAAGAGAAAAAGUCGUGGGAAAGAAGAGAGAAUUUGUCAGAGGUGGAGACCAAGGGAGUUGAUACUGACUCAAACAUGAAUAAGUUUAGGGAACAUGUUCAAAAUUCUAUAGACACUACUGAUUCCUGUGAAUAUUUGCAACAGAUCAGCACCCAUGUUGGUGAAUUUGACGAAAAUGGUGAUGAUUUUUUCAAAAUAGACCAAAACAAUUUUUCCACUUUCACAUUUUCUGCUAGUUAUCAUACAAAAAGAAGUAAUAAUGUAGAAUACGCAGAAAAUUCAAAUGAUGGGGGACAAAUAAAUGAUACCACUAAUGAAAAAAAUAAAGAAAAAUGUGCUCAUAGCGGCCACUUAAAUACCAGUGAUUCGCAUCAUAUGAACAACGACAACAAGAACAGUAAAUUUUUAAAUUCCACUGUAGAUCUAAAAAGUUGCAGUUUUGAACAUGCAGGAUUGGAGGAAUAUUCAGUUAGAGAUAAAGAGUACGAGUUUGAGGAAUUUAUGUCUAAUGGAAAUAUUACAAGAAGUGAUGAUAUGAAGGAUGAGAAUGAGGAAGAAAAAGGUGAAGUAAAAAACGGUGAAGUAGGAAACGGUGAAGUAGGAAACGGUGAGGUAGGAAACGGUGAAGAAGAAAAAGGUGAAGUAGGAAACGGUGAAGUAGGAAACGGUGAAGUAGGAAACGGUGAGGUAGGAAACGGUGAAGAAGAAAAAGGUGAUGUAGAAAAAGGUGAAGUAAAAAACGGUGAAGUAAAAAACGGUGAAGUAGGAAACGGUGAAGUAGGAAACGGUGAGGUAGGAAACGGUGAAGAAGAAAAAGGUGAUGUAGAAAAAGGUGAAGUAAAAAACGGUGAAGUAAAAAACGGUGAAGUAGGAAACGGUGAAGUAGGAAACGGUGAAGUAGGAAACGGUGAAGAAGAAAAAGGUGAAGUAGAAAAAGGUGAAGUAGGAAACGGUGAAGAAAAAAACGAUGAGGAAGGAAACGGUGAAGAAGAAAAAGGUGAUGUAGGAAACGGUAAAGAAGAAAAAGAUGAUGUAGAAAAAGGUGAAGUAAAAAACGGUGAAGUAAAAAACGGUGAAGUAGGAAACGGUGAAGUAGGAAACGGUGAGGUAGGAAACGGUGAAGAAGAAAAAGGUGAAGUAGGAAACGGUGAAGUAGGAAACGGUGAAGAAGGAAAAGGUGAAGUAGAAAAAGGUGAAGAAGAAAACGGUGAAGUAGAAAACGGUGAAGUAGGAAACGGUGAAGUAGGAAACGGUGAGGUAGGAAACGGUGAAGAAGAAAAAGGUGAAGUAGGAAACGGUGAAGUAGGAAACGGUGAAGUAGGAAACGGUGAGGUAGGAAACGGUGAAGAAGAAAAAGGUGAUGUAGAAAAAGGUGAAGAAGAAAAAGGUGAUGUAGAAAAAGGUGAAGUAAAAAACGGUGAAGUAAAAAACGGUGAAGUAGGAAACGGUGAAGUAGGAAACGGUGAAGUAGGAAACGGUGAAGUUAAACAUUUUGAGGGUCAAGUUAUCCAAAGCAUUAAAGAGAGUGAAAAAAAUGAGGAGUAUACAUUAAAGUGUGAAACUGUAAAUUUUUAUAAUGCGGAAAAUUUGGUGUAUACACACUUGGAGAUGGAAUCUGAUAUUAGUGGAGGGAAACAAGAAUUCCCAUUUUUUAACAUUUCAGAAAAACAUGUACCUGAAGAAAGGAUGUGUAUUAUAGAGAACACUGACAUGAUGCAUUUUAGUAAAUCCAUUGAAGAAGAUGAAGUUAAAAGGGGGGUGAAAAAUUACGUCAAAAACGAAGUGGAAAAUGACAUUCAAAAUUGUGUCAAAAAGGAUGUCCAAAAUGAGAAAAAAAGGGAAUUCCCAAAUGAUCCUUUUAUGCUCGACUCUGCAGUAGCAGUUAAUGAAGAUAUUGCAUAUAGAUAUUUCAACAGGACACAAGAGCAUAGGGAAGAGAAGAAUGCUUCCCAUGAAGAUACACAAAAUGGAACUUGUGAUGGUAAACAUAAUGGUGACUAUAAUGAUGAAUAUAGCUGUUUGUCAUUGGAUUUAUCAUUUUGUGCGAAUAUAAGUAAGGAAAAGUCGAAUUAUAGUUUAGAUGAAUACCUCUGCUUCAGAAAUGUGAAUAGAAAAGAAGAGGAAGAAAAGAACACGUUUUUUGAAAAUAAUAGUUUAGAAAAGUUAGACGAAGGAAAGAACACGUUUUUUGAAAAUAAUAGUUUAGAAAAGUUAGACGAAGGAAAGAACACGUUUUUUGAAAAUAAUAGUUUAGAAAAGUUAGACGAAGGAAAAGUGCUACAAAAUAAGAAUAUAGAAUUUGAAAGUACUUCUUUUAACAAUAAAGAAAUGGAAAAGGAAAAGCCAAGGAUGGAAGAACAAUCUGAUAAAAAAAUUUUAGACGAAAAUUUUUUUUAUCAAAAGAAAACAUGUGAAAUAGGAGAAAAUGGCUUCGAGGAAAAAUGGGAAGAAGAAAAUUGGGGUAAGUUAGGAAUAACCCAAAUGAGAAACACAGAAAUAGACAAUGAAAAAAAAUCAAUUGAUAAUUUAUUUUUUGGUGAUGUUAAUGAAGUAUAUUAUGAAGCCUAUAUGGAUGUUGAGAGAAAUGGAGAUGAAACAUUUGAAAUAAUGGACAUAGAAAAUAGUAAUGAAAAAAAAUUAUUGUUUGUGGAUGAAGAUGUGAAUGUGGUAAGGAAGUUUUGUUGUAACAGUAGAGACGAUGCUUCAUUUUACAAAGAUAAGGAAUUGAUGGAAAUGAUGAAUCAGAAUGAAGAACCCACGCUUGAAAAUAAAGAAGUGAUAGAAGUAGUGGAAAUGGCAAAUGUUGAGGAAGGGAAGAAUGGAAAUACAAGUCUCCCAUUUGAUGGCAACGAAACUCACGAUAUGGAAAAAGUUGCAAAAGAAAGAAAGGACCAAAUCGAUAAUGAUUUUUAUUUAUUAGAAACAGUAGAUUUAAAAUAUAUGAAACCGAACACUUUGUUGUCAAAUAACACACAGAAUAAGUUGGAGAAAGUAAUUGAAAACAGUGAGCAAGAGUGGAAAUUUUAUGAACAUAGGAAAAUCAUAGAAGGAAUUACAAAACAUAGGACAAAACAAAAGGAGGAAGAAAUAAAAUUUGAAGAUAAACAAUUAUGUAGUAAAGAAAUGAAUGAAUUGAAAGAUGAUAAUUCAUUCAGUAGUAAACAAGUGGGAGAAAUAAAGACACGAAACCUGAUUAGUCAAACUGUAGUGGAAUACAAUGAAUGUGAGGAAGAAAAAGAGUCAUGCUUGUCAUACGAAUCAAAUAAGAAUAACAAUCCUGUAGCAUUGGGUACAGAUGAUGGAAAACAUAUUUUAGGAGAAAAUUCUAAAAACAUUUAUGAAGAAAUGAACCCUACAUUUCAUCCAAAUAUUUUGAAUGAGCAAUUUGUACAAAAAUGUUAUGACAUAACAAUGAAGGAAUUAGGAAGUACUUUAAAUAUGUCCAUAAAUAUGAGACAAGAAAAUAAUCCUGAUGAACGUAAGGGUGCAUCAUUACACAACAUUAGUAAAGUUAUUAACUGUGUUCUGAACAACGAUUUAAAUAAAGUGGAAAAAAUGAAUGGACAUGAUGAAAGAGUGUUUACUGAAGUUGAUAGGGAGGAAGAAGAUAUUAUGCAAAUAUGGAAUGAAAUGAAUGAAAAGGAAGAAAUACAUUCAGUUAAGUCCUAUGAUAGGAUAAUGAAACAUAAUGGAAAUGAUACGAAGAUUGAAUUAGCAAAUGAGGAAAUUUUCGAAAUUGCUAUUUUAAAUGACAAUAGAGAAAAGAAGAAGAAAAAAAAAAAAAUUAGCGUAUUAUCUAUGCCCAAUACAAAACAGUUUAAAUACGGAUCGGGAAGUUUAGAAUAUUUGAAGGCUUUAAGAGAGUUGCCUCCUCUAAAAUUUUUAAAGUGCAAAGAUUUGAGACCAUUCUUGCGUCUUUUUAAUAUAGUUCUGAAGGCAGUAUGUCUAUACCACUUCAACAGAUAUCAUGUUUAUGUUUUCGCAGGAGAUGAAUCCGGAUGCGUCUACGUUAAACUGAAGAUGAAAUAUAAAAAGUUCUGCCAGGAGGAUGAAACUUUUAUGCUUGCGAAUUGUUGUGCAUCGGUUGAAGAUGGUCAUUUAGUUUUAGAAAUUAACGAAUACAGCAAUAUUUUCCCAUUAAAGUAUAACAUUAUAACAAAUGUUAACACGAAUAUAAAUUUUUCUGAUGCGAAAUUUGUUACCUUAUCAGAAUGUAGAAUAUAA